AUGUCACCCAAAAUGACAACCACAUGUGAGGAAACGUUAGAGGGACUUGUGCAGCCAUGGCGAGAAGAACCAUCGAGCGAGAACGUGAACGGUCAGCGAGAAAACCCCUCCACUGUGAACCAUCCAGCCUGGGCCAAUCUUCGGGCCAAGUCGCAACUGCUUCUGGGCUCUGUGCUUGCUGUCUCACUGCUGCUGGUGAUGAUGGUGAUUGCUGUCAGCGUCUCCUCCUCUGCAUCCCUACAGCCAUUCGGGCCUACACAGAGGGGCAUGGGGUCAACGCAGCAGCAUGGGGUGGCACGAGUUGCUGGGAUGGUGGUACGUGGUCUCUUGGAAACGGGGAGAGCUGGGAGGCGGGGGCUUCAGGAGCCGUUGGGUGGCUCGGGCAUGGGAGACGAGUCAAACGCCGGUGCUACCAGCAGCAGCAGCAGCAACAGCAGUAACUUGUAUCCUGCUGGAGGUGGUUACGGCGUGGGAGGUGGUAACUUCACUGGAACCAGUAACGCCACAGCUCCCAGCAGCAGCACAACGCCUGGGGGGAACAGCAGUGCUGCUAGCAAUGGCACGGAGGGGGGGGUGUUGCAGAACGUCACUGGGGCUGCUGGCAAUGGCACGGAGGGGGGUGCGGUGCGGUACUUCACGGUGGGGCAGGAGGCGUUCGUGUGGGGGUCUCCUCUCGUCACCUUCUUCCGCCAGCAGGCCACCCGUGCUGCCCUCAACGCCUUCUCCUUCGCCAACAUCACCGCUGUUGUCGGCACCACCAGUGAGUUCAACUCUCUGUUGAAUUAUUCUUUGAUGCCAACACCACCGCUGUCGUCGGCACCACCAUCUCAUCAUCUCUUCCGCCCUCAUACCUCACACCACGCAGACGUGGCUCUCCCCAAUGUGGACACGGUGUACGGAGGAGCCUUCCUCUACCUGCGAGACCAGCCCAUGGUGCUGAGGACCCCCUACAUGGGUGAGGGCCGUUACUACAGGUGA